AUGCUUGAAGCACUUAAGCAGAUCAAAGUUCCAAGGCUCCGGCGGGGAAGCAGUCUUGUAAAUGCUUGGAGCACUAAAGCAGAUCAAAGUUCCAAGGCUCCGGGUAAAACAGUGCCGUUAGAGCGCAUGUCUCAGGCCUCUUCCAAAAGGAGGUUUCAAUGUUACAAAAAACUUUUAAUCCUGAUUCAGGUGGGAAGCAGUUUAGCCAACCAAUGGGGCAUUGAGACAGAGCAACGUUCCAAGGUUUCGGGUUUGUUUGCUAAAAGGAGGUCUAGGAUGUUUAAAAAAGAACCAGUAAUCCUAAAUGAGCUGAGAAGUACUAGAGUAAAUUGAGUGAAAAUUGAGACAGGCGAAAGUUCUAAGGUUUCGG